AUGACAGACCUUCCACCACCCGACUAUUCGGACCUGGAUCUGCCUUCGUACGAUACGCUGAUCAGCGCUCCCACUCCCGCUACAGCCGCUGUAAACCCCACUACUAAAUCCGUCCUCGGUCCUGCAACACUUUACAUAUCCGGGCGCUUCGUCUAUUCAACCGACCCCCAAGCACCACCUCUAUACGAGUUCUCUCACUCUAUAGGCUACCUCCACGAUCAUGACCGCAGCGUGAAAGUCGAGCGCGUUGACUCGGUCAUCAAGACCUCGGCCGGUCUUCCUCAAGUCGCUCUAAAAAACCGCCACCUCUUCGAUCUCAAGCAUCCAACCGCCGCCGAGUUCCCUACGUUUCCCUACCAUGCAGAAGUCGCUACACGUCGAGCCCUGUGCUCCUUUGGAGUCUCAUACUUCCGCUCUGGUAACAUUUUGCGUCAGAAGAAAGGAUUCCGAUUCGACCGCGCGGUAAAGGGCACAGAGCGCAAACUAGAGCCUCGGGACAUGUUGUUCGAAGCUUCCUCUUCACGAAGUAAAGACGUAGGAUACGAGUGGAGAGAUGCGCAGGGGGAGUUGAUAGCGCGAGAAGUUGAGGACGAGAGAACCAGCAUGAGCUUGGUAAUUACAGCCGAGAUGAGCGUUGAACUGCGCGAUGCCCUCGUUGCGGCCUGGAUACUACGGAUAUGGUACGAGUUGUCCAAGGGAAACAACUCGGCCACGCGCUUGAUGAAGAACUGA